AAGAAGCACAUCCUCCUCUCAGAGUGAGACCUCCUGUUUUCCAGACGAUCUGCCCAUGUUCUGAGGGUCUCUCCAGGUUCUGCUCAGUCAACAUGUUGAAGCUGUUCGGUUCUUUGAGGCCUGCAGCCGCCCUGCUCAGAACUGCUUCUGCUGCACAGCCGAGUGCCUGCCUGUCCACUGGACCCCAGCAGGAACAGAGAACCUUCUAUGAGUUCCGGACCUACAGCAUCCGGCCGGAUCAGAACGCUGCAUUCCUCAAACUGACUAAUGAGAAGAUCCACCUGCGCACCAAACACUCUGAGCUGAUUGGCUACUGGAGUGUGGAGUAUGGCGGCCUGAACCAGGUCUUCCAUGUAUGGAAGUACGACAGUUACUCCCAGCGGGCAGCUGUACGGGCAGCCCUGGCUCAGGACCCCUCCUGGAUCUCAGAGUACAUCUCAAAGGCCUUACCCAUGCUGACAUCACAGCAUAACGAGGUCAACUACCUGGUGCCGUGGAGCCGCCUAAAGAGCCCGCCGCAGCAGGGUGGUGUCUAUGAGUUGGCGUCCUUCCAGAUGCGUCCAGGGGGUCCAGCGGUUUGGGGAAGCGCCUUUCAGGCAUCUAUGUUAUCUCAUGAUUUUCCGGGGUACGGGAAGCUGCUGGGAGCAUUCCACAGUGAGUUUGGACUUCUGAACCGAGUUCACGUCCUCUGGUGGUUCGAGAGCGCCGACCAUCGUGCUGAAUUUCGACACAAGGCUCACACUGAUGCCAGAGUGGUUGCAGCAGUCAGGAGCAGUGUCGUCCAUUUGGACUCUCAGAAAAACCAGCUCAUGUUCCCAUGUCCUUUCUCUCCCAUGAAGUAACUUCCUGCUGUCUCCAUGGCAACAAAUAAAUCUUCAUCAGCGCUUAAUGUGAAGCAGCUGAUGCUGAGCUCCGCCUUCUCCCCAAGAUGAGCCAAUCACAGCUCACCAGCAUUAACUCUAAAACUGAACUGUGAUCUCCAGCAGCUGCAGGGACAACCCGACCUCACUGUGACCUUUAAGAUCUGCUGAGUUUCUGAUCAAACUGCAUCUGAGCAAUAAAGACAAACUGACUGUUAGAAAUGUAUUCUUUAAUAAAACUUUUCUUUAUGGG